AUGAGUUUCCGGCGGUUCCUGUACCUUGUGGCGGACGAUUGCGUCGACCGCAGCUACUCCCUGCGCCGCAUCGACAUGUCGCGCUUGUUCUUCCGUCCAUCGACGGUGGGGGACCAGCCUUCACCAACGCCGCUCGACAGCAGCGGCGGAGCAGGAGCUGCUGAUCCGUCGGCGACAGAGGAUGGUGGUCGCCUGCCAGACCCCACCAUGAUUUUGAGCACUCCAGACAUGAUGCACGCGCGCGGUAGCAUUCACUUCAUGCCCUUCAAGAACAAGGGCAGCGGGGAGCACUGCAAGGUGUUCACCAUGGACCACACGGGCCGCGCCCUCAUGUGCGACCCUGGCCUGCCCCCCGCCGUCAGCCACAUGCCUAGCCUGGCCGGUGGCAAGUUCGCACCCUUCUCUCUCACCGUCGGCGAUAGCCUCUACGUCAUGGACGCGUACCCCAAGCCGGCCGGCCCCAAGCGGCACAGCUUCGAGGUUCUCACCUACGAUGCCUACGACAGCUUCAUAUACAAGGAAUGGUACUGGCACCCCCUCAACCCGCCUCCCUACAUGUACGGUCCCCACGACUCUUCCCAGUAUGUGGAGUCCUACGCGGUGGUCGCCGGCUCAAACAUGGUCAUAUCCAACAAGGCCGCUGCAGAAACCUACUGCUUCGACACAGUGAAGAGCACGUGGAGAAAGGCUGGCGACUGGGCGUUGCCGUUCACCCGCCUCGCCGAGUACGACCCCGAGCACAAGCUCUGGUUCGGGAUCUCAUCUCUUGACGACGGCUACCGCUUCUGCGCAGCCAACCUGAUCGACGCCUCGGGAGAGAUGAGGCCUCCCGUGGUGCACGGCUUCUGGAAGGAGUACGUCGAGCCUCCGCCGGAGUGGAGCCUUGCAUGGUCCUACGCUGUGCCCCUGGGCUCCUCCAAGUUCUGCAUCAUCAGGUUGUUUGAGGUUGUUACCAUCCACGUCUGCUCCAAGUCUAGGACGGAUGAGCUCCAAGCGGUGCUCACCGGCGUGGAGGUGCAGAGUUGCGGCGAAGAGCUCCGUGUGGUCAAGCACAAGUCCGAACGUUACAAGCUCGACGUCACAGUCGACUACCGGGUACUCUAA